UACGUAGCAAGUUUUGUGGUUAUUCUUUUUUUUUUUUUUCCCUUUCUGUCCAGGAAACACACGAGGAGCAUGAUACUUCUACUGAAAAUGCAGAUGAUUCUAACCAUGAUCCUCAGUUUGAGCCCAUAGUUUCCCUUCCUGAGCAAGAAAUAAAAACUCUGGAAGAGGAUGAGGAAGAACUCUUUAAGAUGCGAGCAAAGCUAUUCCGAUUUGCAUCUGAGAAUGACCUUCCAGAAUGGAAAGAACGAGGAACUGGUGAUGUAAAACUCCUGAAACACAAGGAGAAGGGAACAAUUCGCCUCCUCAUGAGGAGGGAUAAAACCCUAAAAAUCUGUGCAAACCAUUAUAUCACACCCUUAAUGGAGCUGAAGCCUAAUGCUGGGAGCGACAGGGCAUGGGUCUGGAACACACAUGCUGACUUUGCAGAUGAAAGCCCCAAGCCUGAACUUCUGGCAAUCCGAUUUUUAAAUGCAGAGAAUGCACAGAAAUUCAAGGCAAAAUUUGAAGAAUGCAGGAAUGAAGUAGACAAGAGAGCAAAGAAAGCAGGCACAGACAAAAAUGAUAGCGCUGAUAAAGUUGCUGAAAAACUAGAAGAGCUUUCCGUAAAGGAAGAGAGCAAAGAAUCUGAGAAGAAAGAGACCAAGGAAAAAAAUGAAGAAAAGCAAUAAAUCAUCCUGGGCCUUGCAGUUUUUCCUUUACUUUUUUCUUUCUUUCUUUUUCUUUUUUUUUUGUGUGUUUGUUUUUUUUUUUUUUUUAAUUUUUACAAGGGACUUUAUAAGGAACUGAAUUCAACAUUCA